UGGACGAACUGUUUUGCUCAGCUCUCAACUCUAAAGGAGUCCGAGGUAUCAGGCCUCCUCUCAAGCAGGCCUCUUGACUACCAGCGUCGUCAUGCCAGCCCUGUCUGAGACAGACAUGCCGUUUGCGAACAAGUCUGACAUGUUUGGAACUGACUCCCAACGUCAUUCGAACUCCUCCAACCUGUCCUCCAACUCUGAGUUCGUUGGGAGCUCUGCGGAUGCAGGAGUUGGAUCAAGAAAUGCAACCCCGUCCUGGCAGCAUCCGAGCGUUGUUCAUGAUUUCAGGAAUCAAGGGACUGAUCUGAGAGCCUACCUUGCCUCCCUUGAAAAGGAGUCACGUUCGAGAGAUGCCAGGAUCGCUGACUUGAAGAAUUUGGCUGAAUUCCUUGAUUCCCAAAAUCCUUCAGUAGCGCAAGAGCAGAAUGAGCCUAAGCUUCCCUCAGAGUCCAGAAGGGCAGAUAGCAGAGGGGAGUUGGGCAUGAACAAACAAGGGGCAGGAUCAUUGUCUGAAGCUGCAUAUUCUAAUCUGCAAGGCACGGAGAACCUUCGAUAUGCUUUGAACUCCUCGAGUCAAGAGGGUCAAGCCUAUCAUACGUCUCCCGGGGUCGAGUCCUUACAUGAAGAUGCAGAGCACUCAGAGACUGGCUCUGAAGGAGACAACGAUGAAGUUGGCAGCACGACCAACACUCCCAUGAAGGCUUACUUGAAUGACUUGAGUCCGCAAAGAUAUCAAUCGUUCGGCGCAGAUCACGAUGCAAGUGAUACAUCUGAGUACUCUGAUUCUUCAGAGGGUAUCCACAUGGAGGCUGGAGACGAAGUCGGUGGGGCGUACAGUGAUGAUAGAAACCAUGACCUCAGCUCCCGCGAAGCUCUUCUGCGUCAUCUGCGAUUUCUCAACAGUCAGGUGGGAAUCGAGUCUGAACCGGUGGAGGUCACGUCAGGACGCGACUCAGUCCGGUCUGACCUGUCGAGCAACAUGCAAGCACAUGUGUACUCGAGUAGCAUGAGGACGGCGAUGACUGCUGACCACCCCGAGGGGAGGAGGCUUCAGGAGAAUAAGCCAGAAGUGAGCUAUUCAGACCCAGUCAUGCCGACGUUUGAGCCCAAACAUCAGUCCUGGUCAUCCAGUCUGAAUGAUGGAAAGCUCCGUGAAAAUCUCGGAUCAAGAGAGAACCUCAGAAAUAAUCAUGCGGAUCUUGGGCAGGCAAGCAUGCAUUAUGUGGAUGAGGAAGAUCCGCACAGCAAAGAGUAUCACCAUGGACUGAACCACAAUCGAAGAUUCCCAUUCCAGAGAUCCAUCAGCGAAAAUAUCUCAGCUGAAAGAGCAAACAGCACGAGGUCAAGCAUUUAUGAGUAUAGGGCGCAAGAGCUGCAGAAGCGAUUGAGCAUCGUUGAGGCGGAAGCUCAGACGUACGCGGACAGUCUAGCAGAGAUGCAUCACGUUCUCAAGCCUUCAUGCCUCUUGCCUCUCACUCUUUUCUUCAGCAAACGAGAAAAAUCUCUCAGGUCGCAUAUCGAGCGACUUCAGAUUUACGUGCAGAAGUUGGAGGCAUCUAGGAACGAGAGGGACAUGCUCACCCUCCAGCUCGGAACAGCAUACGAGGAGAUCGCAAUGCGGGAUGCGGCGCUAGCCGACUCAGCGGCAUACAUGCAGGCCCUGAAGCGGCGCAAUGCUGAGCUGCAGAUUCAACUGAGAACUCUCCUCCUCGAGAGGAACCAGGGGAAGGCGGAGAAGGCGCAGGCGUCUGAGAGCGAGGACAACAUCUUCGGUCUUGCGCACAUCCGCUCCAAGAUCGAGGAGGCUGUCAAAGAAGCUGCGCAACUGAAGGAGAGUGAACGGAAAGACAAGAUCAAGCAGCUGAGGAUCAGAUGGCAUCCGGACAAGAAUCCUGUGCUUCAGGUGACACCUUCCUGA